GCAGCGCUGUGAGGACGGAACGGGGCAGCGACCGCGGCCGAGGGCAGGAGCGAGGGAGGCCGGGCGGGGGUCGCUGACUCGGGCCCCGGGCCGCCAGAUUAACACUAAAGCCCCACAAUGUCCUUGAAACCACGAGUAGUUGACUUUGAUGAAACAUGGAACAAACUUCUAACAACGAUUAAAGCUGUUGUGAUGUUGGAUUAUGUUGAAAGAGCAACGUGGAACGAUCGCUUCUCAGACAUUUAUGCUUUGUGUGUGGCCUAUCCUGAACCUCUUGGAGAGAGACUUUAUACUGAGACUAAAAUUUUUUUGGAGAAUCAUGUACGCCAUUUGCACAAGAGAGUUCUGGAAGCUGAAGAACAAGUACUGGUUAUGUAUCACAGAUACUGGGAAGAGUAUAGCAAAGGGGCAGACUAUAUGGACUGUUUAUACAGGUACCUCAACACACAGUUUAUUAAGAAGAACAAAUUGACUGAAGCUGAUCUUCAGUAUGGUUAUGGAGGGGUGGAUAUGAAUGAACCUUUGAUGGAAAUUGGAGAGCUAGCUCUUGAUAUGUGGAGAAAAUUAAUGAUUGAGCCACUGCAGGCCAUUCUUAUUCGGAUGCUCCUCCGAGAAAUAAAAAAUGAUCGCUGUGGAGAAGACCCAAACCAGAAAGUAAUCCAUGGGGUUAUUAACUCCUUUGUUCAUGUUGAACAGUAUAAGAAAAAAUUCCCCCUAAAGUUUUAUCAGGAAAUUUUUGAGUGUCCUUUUCUGAAUGAAACAGGGGAGUAUUAUAAACAAGAAGCUUCGAACUUAUUGCAAGAGUCAAAUUGCUCACAGUAUAUGGAGAAGGUUUUAGGUAGAUUAAAAGAUGAAGAAAUGCGGUGUCGGAAGUACUUGAAUCCCAGCUCAUAUGGCAAGGUGACUCAUGAGUGCCAGCAGAGGAUGGUAGCUGAUCACUUGCAGUUUCUACAUGCAGAAUGUCACAAUAUUAUCAGACAAGAGAAAAGAAAUGACAUGGCAAAUAUGUAUACUCUGCUCCGUGCUGUGUCCAGUGGUUUACCUCAUAUGAUUCAGGAACUACAAAACCAUAUCCAUGAUGAGGGCCUUAGAGCAACCAGCAAUCUUUCUCAGGAAAAUAUGCCAACUCAGUUUGUGGAGUCAGUUUUGGAAGUACAUAGUAAAUUUGUUCAACUAAUCAACACUGUUUUGAAUGGUGAUCAACACUUUAUGAGUGCCCUUGACAAGGCUUUGACAUCAGUAGUUAACUACCGGGAGCCCAAGUCGAUCUGCAAAGCACCUGAGUUGCUGGCCAAAUACUGUGACAACUUGUUAAAGAAAUCAGCGAAAGGAAUGACAGAGAAUGAAGUAGAAGACAAGCUUACAAGUUUCAUUACUGUUUUCAAAUACAUUGAUGACAAAGAUGUAUUCCAAAAGUUCUAUGCCAGAAUGUUGGCAAAAAGAUUAAUUCAUGGUUUGUCUAUGUCUAUGGAUUCUGAAGAAGCGAUGAUAAACAAACUAAAGCAAGCCUGUGGUUAUGAAUUUACCAGCAAGCUCCAUCGAAUGUAUACAGACAUGAGUGUUAGUGCUGAUCUCAACAACAAAUUCAACAACUUUAUCAAAAACCAGGACACAAUCAUUGAUUUGGGAAUUAGUUUUCAGAUAUAUGUUCUACAGGCUGGUGCAUGGCCUCUAACUCAGGCUCCUUCUUCUACAUUUGCAAUUCCUCAGGAACUGGAAAAAAGUGUACAGAUGUUUGAAUUAUUUUACAGUCAGCAUUUUAGUGGAAGGAAGCUUACUUGGUUACAUUAUCUUUGUACAGGUGAAGUAAAAAUGAAUUAUUUGUGCAAACCUUAUGUAGCCAUGGUCACAACAUACCAAAUGGCAGUGUUGCUUGCCUUCAACAACAGUGAGACUGUCACUUACAAGGAGCUUCAGGACAGUACACAAAUGAAUGAGAAGGAACUGACAAAAACCAUCAAAUCUUUGCUUGAUGUCAAAAUGAUCAACCAUGACUCAGACAAGGAAGAUAUAGAGACAGAGUCUACAUUUUCAUUAAAUAUGAACUUCAGCAGUAAACGAACAAAGUUUAAAAUUACCACAUCAAUGCAGAAAGACACACCACAGGAGAUGGAGCAGACCCGAAGUGCUGUGGAUGAAGACAGGAAAAUGUAUCUCCAAGCUGCUAUAGUCCGUAUCAUGAAGGCACGGAAAGUGCUGCGACAUAAUGCUCUUAUUCAGGAGGUAAUUAGCCAAUCAAGAGCUAGGUUUAACCCAAGUAUCAGCAUGAUUAAGAAGUGUAUUGAAGUCCUGAUAGACAAACAGUACAUAGAGCGAAGCCAGGCCUCUGCAGACGAGUACAGUUAUGUAGCAUGAUGUGCUGUCCUGCAGGUAUGAUUGUAAGGAGAUCAUUGCUGUCACUGUUUGGUGUGUUCCUGUGGGAAGAGGCAGGCCUGUGCCUCCAUAAUUGGUCACUUGGCAGCCCCUGUUUUUCUGCUGUUUACAACAUCACCAGUGCCAUGUCAUGAGCGUCAAUGAAAAUGCCUAUAGAUAUUUCAAGCUCAUGUCAUUAUGACAUUUCUUAAAACUUUACUAAAAGAAUGAGUGAAGUAUUGCUGACAUGUGGAGAAUUGGUUGGGUACCAUGCUUUUUUUUUUCCCCCUCCCCUUUCACGUUUGCAGUUGAUGUUUUUUAAUGUAUCUUAAGACAAAGUAAAAAAAAAAUCACACAAAAAACCUAAAUAUUGUAAUAUGACAGAUAACCUAAUAAUUGUAUCUACAUUAAAAUGUAAAAAAAAUGACGAACAUGAUACUGCUGCUUGUCAAAUAAAAAAAUAAAGUUAUAUAAUGUGUCUGGAAUGAUUGUAGAGCUGGAUAUAGCAUUAAUGUCUGUAAAUAUUAUUCAGGCCUGAAGAGUAGAAAUAAUGUUACGUGUUUGGGUUUUGGAUAACCUCAGAAGUAGGUCUGACAUAACAACUAAUUUAUAUAAAACUGAAUACCAGGUAUGUCAUGUUUGAUGUGAUUAUAAAAAAUAUUUAUGGUUCAGU